AUGUCAGAUAGUUUUCAAGACUGGAGCUGCAGCAGUGCCUGUUCGCAACCUCAACACUGUCAUUUACCACGCUGUACAAAAGUUCCUUUCCCGGAAACAUUUACUGGAUCAGGAAAGGCAAGUCCACCUAUUACCUGGGUUCGAACCGAGGGGGAUUAGAUUCGAGUCGGAUGUUGGGGGAAUAUCAUCGCAAGACCCACAAUGUCAAAAAGAACAAAACGAGCUUUAAAGUUUGCUGUUUAUCGGGCCAAUAUUGAACACGAUAAAGCCAUUAAAACUUGCAAAAAAUGUGUUACCGGACACAUGUGCAGACGUAAUUUAAAUGUUUGGAAAAACUGUGUCUCGCGGUUCAUUAUUAAUCCGUGAGGAACCAAACAGAAGAGUUUUGUAAAGCUCAGUGUGCUCUUUCGGACUAUGUGAGUCUUGCGUUGAUAAUCCCAUGAUAUAUGGACUCAUACCCAGUCUAUCUUAGUCUGAAACAAGUCUAUUAAAUGCUUACAUGCCAAGAACGUCGUUACUGUCACGUAUUAUUUAAAUCAAAAUGAAGUCAAGUAGUCUGAUUAAAAACACAAACUAGACAAUCCCUUCCAUUUCUGCAUUUCACAAUAGCGGAAAACCAUGGGUAAUAAAAUCUGGGUUAUCUAUGCAUCCGAGAAAAUUGGGUAAUCCCUUAACCGUACGCCCCUACACUACAGAAAAACCAAUGUGAAAUUUCAUUUUCUAGUGAGUGUGGCAGCUCGCAAUUUUGGACUUUCACUCUUGAGCUUAAUUGACAGCUGUCAAAUCAGGGUAUCCUCUAAUCAGUAUCACAUGACCAUAUCGUGGGCUUAGGGAGCUCAACUCAUCUAGGUCACGCGUCUUUUUAGUUUUACCUAGACCAGUUAUUACUAACUGAAAUUGAUCCCAGGCUCAAGUUACAUAUUAGCAUUUUUUUUUGGACACGAAUUUCCUCGCAAGGUCGUUUUUUCAAUUCUAUGCAGUUACCGUUGUAAUGUAUGAAGAGAAGCUUCUCUUUUAGCUCUGGCCAAAUUAAGAUAUUAUACUUUUUUUGUUCAAGCCUUUUAGGCCAGUGUGCACGUUUCACUAAGCCAUGGUGAAAAGUUUUCACGUGUCCACUCACCUGCUGCAUUGUGGGUUCAUUCUGUCAAUACACAUGGAUUUGAGGCAUGCGCACGUGAGGCAGGUGAUGGAUCAAAUGGAACUGGAAUCAUAAACUGGAUGGCUUUCCAAGAUCAACCACAAGUUACAUCUGGUAGCAUAGCGUUUGGUGGAAUGUGGACAACAGAAACCAAAUGUGAUAUACUAACCUUUAAACAGGCAAGGCGACAUUGA